GAAUGCGGUAAUCAGUGUGUCAGUGGCAGUUGAAAGGGAAGGGUGUCUCCGUCGGAUCGACAUGGAGUUCCGACACGUGAUGUGACGAUGGCCGAUGAGGGAAGUCGGUCGGACCGAAAAGCCUCAUGGGGAACGAGUGCCUUUCAGUGUGCCAUUAUCUUUUCCGGUGUAAGGAAGUGAAAUACCAGGACAGAAGAAGCGAUGUCAGAGGUGUUAUGUGGUGAAAGUGGAUUAAGAGGGAAUGUGCAAAUUACUUGUGUUUUGUGUUUUCUUCGUUUUGCGAUGCUAGACAUCGGGAGUGAAGUUGUUGCUGUGCUUCUCUUUGGCCUGACUUGAUUGUUUUGAAUCUGUAUCGACCGACUCGCUGGAAAAUCAGAGUUUAGUGCCGAGUAUAUCGGAUCUUCCUUAAAGUUUUCUCCAACCAUGAUUACAUUACACUACCGACUGUGAUAAGUAUAGGAUCUCAAGAGAAACGUUGAUUACUUUUGCACGGGAGUUAUGAAGCGAUUAAGUAGCAUCUCUUUUAUGAAGUGAUUAAGAAGCAUAUCUUUUAUAAUCUGCGAUAUAAGUCAAAUAAUAGUCUUUUCGGUCAUAUGGAAAGGUCUUUGGCUGCAGAGAAGAGAAUGUCGUUCAGUAACAGAAAGUAGGAGAGAUUUGAGAGAAGCGAAAGCAACAGGUCGGGAACAGCGAGUAAACAAAAACAAGAAAAUGACCGAAGAGAAAGUUGGCACCGUCGCCGAAUCAUAAUCUGCCAAGAAGGAGAGAAAGACAUUUUUUGUCACUCGAAGCAAAUCAAAGCUAUCAAGACAAACUUUUGACCCAAGUCAAUUUAGGUUCGGUUCAUUAACUUAGAUACAUUUGUUGACCAUUGUUGUGGGGACAACACCGCUGUGGAACUGACCCUUCCAACUUACACUCAGGAUUAAUAUUGUUAUGAAUAUAAGUAUUGAUUAAUCAUUAUUGUUUAUUUUUGAGUAACCAUCUCAGGAUCUGUCUCUUGGAAGUGUUUUGUUGUCUCCCCAGUUUUUAGGGGAAGAUUCUUGCCUACACACAGAAUCUCUUCUCCAUCCAUUGCCAGUUCUCGUAAGAGCUGCCUUUCUACUCUAAAGAUUUUCUACAUUAUUCCUGUCGUUGCUGUUACCAUUAUUGCCUCCAUUGUUGCUGUUUGUACUGAAAUAGAAAUGUCUCGGCGAUUUUAGAAACACAUCUGGUCAUAUUUCUCUUUUAGAAUUCACCGUAAUUCCGACGUCUUUCUUAUUCAUUUUGUUGUCCAUUUGUUAUUGUUAUCAGUAUGCAUGACGUGGAAAGAUACCGGGGUCCAUGCCUCAUUGUGGCCAAACCAGGUAAUAGUGGUGGUGUCAGUCCCCCUCACGGAGGCGGAGGAGGAGGAGGACAAGGACAAGGAGGGGGAAGAGCUCGUCGACAUCCAAGCCAGGAUGGGACACCACACUGUCGUCCUGCAGGAGGAGGUAAAACAGCAUCAGGUGGUUCACAGCGGCAUUCGACGUCCGGUGGUACAAUGCAUCAUGCCCACGGUGGGGCAGGAGGAGGUCCUUCCGGCAGAGGGGACAGUGCAUAUGGUCUGGAGGGUAGUGGAGGAGGGUCACCUCUCACUGGCAUGCCCCUGUUUUCCUUCAUGCAUCAACGUCGGUCGUCAGGAAGGUCCAUCGCUCGACCUCAGAAUCACUACAGCCAUCAGAGGCCACACCACCACUUACAGCAUUCGUCUUCCAGUGCCCAUCAUAAUCAGCAUAGUGGUCAUUCACAUCAUCCUCAGCAACAACACCCGUCAAAGAGCCAACCUGACGGCUGUGGAGUUGAUGGGGAAGAGAUGGACGAUGUCGAGCUGCUUCCCUUGGCACAGUUGGCACUCCACACGCAUGGCCAUCCUCUUAUCCUCACAGGAACGAGAGGAGCAGCGGGUGGCAAUGGGUCUUCCAUGAGAGGAAGCAGUGCACCUCCACCUCCAACCAGACACAUCCAGAACAACCACAGUAGUCAUAUGAAUAGUAACAGUCAUAGUCAUAAAGGCAAUCAUGGUCAUAACAAUAACCAACACGCUCAAACGGCGUCAAGUGAUUAUCACCACCAUAAUCAUCACCACCAGACCACCCCAACCCAUCAGACAACGGCAGCCCCCGCUGCUGCUGCCAGUGACAGUGUGUCUGUGACCUCGGAUGAAGGCAGCAUAGGUCAUGCCGAUAACUGCCUGCCUAGGAUUAUCAAACCUCGAAAACGUCGUAAGAAAGACCGCAAGCCGACGGCAGCAGGCUCUCCACCACCUUUGCAAGGUGGAGCUGGGGAUGUUGGCCAAGAUACCAUGGGUACCAUAGUGACUUUGAAACCUUAUAUGCCCAUGUGUUAUAACUACAAUGAUCCUAAACGUGAAACUGUAAGAUUCCACGAGGACAGUAAGAAAAGUAGUGACCUGGGUCUUGUGCCUUUAAGUGGUGGUGGUGUUGGGUGCGCUUGUGACCAUUGUGUUGCUGGACAGAUGUUUCCAACUCCCCCUCCGUCACCUGCAUCCUCGGCUUCUUCGUCGUCGUCGUCAUCUACUGUCAUAUCAUCAUCUUGUUCUUCCUCUUCAGAGGAUGAACCACUGUAUGGCAUUGUGAGUGGGGGAGUAGGGUCCUCCAACAGAGAGGCUUGUGGGUACAUAGGGGGAGAUGGGGAUUUUUUGGGGGCACAAGGAGACUGUGGCAAACAGCUUGUCAGAUCGCUCAGUGAACCUCAGGCACGGCCGAGGCUUCACAUCUCUUCGUCGAUCAGCCAAUCCUUUGCUGGGCACAGGGAUUUAGAUAUACGUAUUGUACGAAGCACUGCCAGGGAUGUGCCCCCUAUGCGGACGAGGCACUGGUCUGUGCCUGCAGUUGCAAGGCACCGUCCAAAUCAGCUGCACCAUUACCUGAAUCAAGGGGAUCCGUUCAGUGGAUCUUCAUUUCCUUCGUCACCACCCUCCAUGUUGGACAGAUAUUUUAUGUAUCAGAAUCUUGAAGUAACUACCCCACAUCCACCCGAGAGACCUUGGAUCCGUUUAGUGGAGUCUGAUUUAACCAAGCCGUCAUGUAUAUUCACUGUUAUGUGUUAUAAUGUAUUGUGUGACAAGUACGCAACGCGGCAAAUGUACGGUUACUGUCCAUCAUGGGCGUUAGAGUGGGAAUAUAGAAAGAAAGGAAUCAUGGACGAAAUAAAACACUAUAUGGCUGAUAUCAUCACGCUUCAGGAAGUGGAAACCGACCAGUUCUACAAUUUCUUCUUGCCAGAACUUAAAAACGAGGGAUAUGAAGGGAUAUUCUCUCCCAAGUCUCGUGCGAAGCACAUGACAGAAAACGAGAGGAAAUAUGUUGAUGGUUGUGCCAUUUUCUGGAGAACAAACAAGUUUGCCCUGGUUAAAGAGCGCUUAAUAGAAUUUAACCAACUUGCGAUGGCCAAUCAUGACGGUUCAGAGGAUAUGCUGAACCGCGUAAUGACGAAGGACAACAUCGGUCUAGCAGCGUUACUAGAAACAAAAGAAGCAGCCUGGGAAAACUCUGUUCUACCAGACAAGUCCCAGAUCAACCAACACAUCCUUGUCUGUACAGCACACAUCCAUUGGGACCCUGAGUUUAGAGACGUAAAACUUAUUCAGACAAUAAUGCUGAUGAGCGAGAUACGUCAAAUAAUCACUCAGAUAGUUGAGGAAUUCCAACAUCGAACCAGGUCUGGCAGGAAAUUGGAUCCUAAUGCCAUUCAGUUACUGCUGUGCGGUGACUUGAAUUCUUUACCUGAAUCUGGUGUGGUGGAAUUCCUAACAAAAGGGAAUGUUUCAAUGGACCAUGAAGACUUCAAAGGGUUUGGUUAUAAGACUUGUCUCCAGAAAAUAGCCAUGGCCAAUGCAGCUAACCCUCCUUUAGUAAAUACAAACUCCAACAUCUACACUCACUCGUUUAGAUUAUCUGCAGCAUAUGAUUUUUCCAUAAUGGCAUACACAAAUUAUACGUAUGAUUUUAAAGGAAUCAUAGACUACAUCUUCCACAAUUCUGAGACAAUGACAGCCCUAGGUGUCCUGGGCCCAAUCGACCCAGAAUGGUUUAGGGAGAAUAAGGUUAUGGGAUGUCCUCACCCCCACAUCCCAUCAGAUCAUUUUCCACUUCUGGUGCAGCUGGAGAUGCGUCCUGUGCCAUCAACUCUAAACCACCCUAAUGGCCUCCUUCACCGGUAGCUUGGGCAUUAGACUUAACUGAAUUGGACGUCACUUUCUCCACGUGACAUAAUGUGGACAGAUAUAAAUGACGUGGUAGAAAUCGCUGUGUCCAACCCUCAGGUCUCAAGUGUGGAGUUCAUUUGGUACAGUAAUCAAGUGUUUGGGCAAAUCUUUAUUUAUUGGUUUAGAACUUCUGUACUGGGUUCUUUUUUUAUCCUUCAUCAUGAAAAUAUGACAACCAAUUUUCUUGGUCUAAAAACUUCACAGGGCCCAUAAAGCUGUGUUAUUGUGUGCAGCAGUUGCCCUUACACCUGCCACACCAAUGAGGCCUUGUUCAUUGUGUUUUAUGAGGAGAGCUCACACGUGUGAGAUCAGUGGCACUUGAAAAGAUUUUAGUCUAACUGCCCUAAAAUUAGUUUGAAAGACACUCGAGAUUUAGGCUUAAGGAGUUAUUUUGGUGUGUAUUGGAAAAUGAUAUUUCUGUACAAAAUUUAGCUAAUAUUUAGGACAGUUUUUAAUAAGGGGGCAUAAUGCAAGAAAAAGUUCUAUUAUUCUCGUUUGGCUUCCAAGUAUUUGCUCUGGCAAUCACUAGAGCUGUAGCCAACUUGAUCUCACUGUGUUUUGGUGGGCCCAAGCAUUCCUUGCAAUUGAACUAUGGUCCUUUUCCCCUUCUUUUAUCAUCAGCCUUUGAUAUAUUUUAUUCAAACAUCCCGAUUCUCAUGUAAUAGAAGUUCAUUAAAGCCUUGUAUAUUAAAGGUUGUACUUUUUUAUUGAAAGUAUUGUUAAUGUAAUGCUGAGUACAGCAUAUCCAUUAAUGGUCUAUACAGAUUUUUUUAUUGAAUGAUAAUCUUGCUGAGACCAUUAUCUAUCUAAGUCAAUGUACAAAUUGAAAUGACUAUUCAAUGAAAACAUUUUUUCUGUUAAAUUUUCAAUCGGAAGUUUUUACUUGGCAGUAUGCAGUUUUUCCCUGUUAAUGAUGGUCAAUUGUAAUUUAGUCCUUGUUGUCCUACCUUGAAAUACAAAAUCUUCUCCUUAACAAGACACAUUGGAGGUGUCACCAUAUUUCUUCUUUACAAAGCUUUAACCUUGGAAAGUCUACUCUUAGAAUUUUUCAUUACUUAAUGGAAUAAAUUAAUUUUCCUGAGCAGUCAACAUUUAACAAGAACAGUGUUAUCCCAGAAAUGCAUAUAUAUAUAUAAAUUUGCAGAUUAUAAGAUUAUUAAUUUAUAAAUUUACAAUAUUUCAUUAAGAUUUUUCAAUAUAUUGAUUUAGGUAGAUAUUGGAAAAAGUUUAAAUAAUGAAAAAUAAGAUAUUGUACAGUUGUCAGCAAAAUUAAAACUAUUAGUUGUUAUAUUUUCUUUGAGCCAGUUCUAUUCAACCAACUCUUAAGUUAGUGUCAUGUAUUCUCUCAAAAUUCAUAGACCCAUAUUUAUUUAUAAACCUUUCUACAUGUGAGAAAUCAGCAAAGCAGUUGUUAAUGUAUUUUCUUCUCUUGGGCUGCUCCUCAUUUUUAAAAUCAUCUGAAACACACCCAGCUGAUCAUUGAAAGCAUAGGACAUCUAGCAUUCUCUACUACUUUGUUGCUCUUCUGUUAACACUAAUUAUUAGAUAUUUGUAGUGGAGUGUGUGCAAGUGUGUGUGUGAGUGUGUGUGUGUGUGACCUGGGGUAGGUUGCUGUGCACAUAGGAGGACACACGGUGAUAGUUUGGGGAAAUGAGUGUCAUGCAGAAACAAUCAUGGUUGGUCUUUUUAAGUAUAUAAUGUACUGAAUGUUUCUUAGAUUUACUUGUCAAAUAUAAAUGAAAGGAAUACUCUUUAUUUAAAGUAUUUGAUAAGCAAUACAUAUCUAACAGUAGAUAUAUGUCUUGUAUUUUGGAAUUGGGAACAUCAAGUCAUACUGGUAGUAAUCGAUUUUCCUUCAUCGUUUGUAGGAAGUAACAGGACACUUAUCUUAAAAGGUCCUAGCCAUGGCUGUUAAAUUUCUUUUAAAUCUUUCCAUUUAAUGGGAUCUCAUCUUAAUUCUUUUUAAUAACUGCAUGUGUUUCACAAAUCUGCAUGACACUAGAAAGAAUUCAAGAGUAAAAGAAUAUACAGUACUUGUACAAUAUUGGACCAGGCCAACUGCAAAACUUAACAGUUGUGCAUUUGGCUUAGUAUAGCAAACUGUCAGGCUUUGCUUGUUUCCAUUCAUUUUGAAUGUGAUAUAAUUCUUAGUGUUUAUCUUCCCUUUAGCGGUCGGUCUAAACAGUUUUUUUGUUUUGUUUUGAUUUUUUUGGAAAAUGAACCUGGUUCAUGGCUAUUGUAUGUCAGAUUAGCAAAUGAAUACCAUGCUAACACAACUGCAGUUCUGAGGAUUGAUAGCAAUGGUUAUGCUGUUGUAGAAAGAGACAACCUGUCAAAACUAUUUACUAAUAGUAUAAUACAUUUAUAAAAUGGCCAUUUACUGACUCCAGAAAUGUGAUCUGAGGCGCAUUAGGUAAGAAGUAUGGCAGAUGUGUAAAUUUCAGUUGCAUGUACUUUCAUAACUUAGAAACUUUCUGCUUGGGCAAAAUUUUAGCCAAAGCAAAUAUACUUUAAAUUUGUUGAUAUUGUUUAGAUAUAAGACUUAAAUGAACUCAGGAAUUGGCAGUGUAAAGUAUAAAAAGGCAAUACUGUAUAUUUGUAUUGUGGUAAAGCCUUAUUGGGUAAUCCACAUCCAUAGAAUAAUGUGACAGUAAUAAAGUCACACAAAUUUGUGAUGAAAUUAAUCGAUAUAGAUCAUAAACAAAAAUGGUAAAGUGGAUUGUUUUAGAAUUGGUGUAAAAUAAAAAUCCGAAAGGGUCUGUGCUGUUUCAGCAUUUUUAUUCAUGUUUUACUUUCAUUGCCUUUUCAUAUUCAGUUUUAGGUAAUAAAUUGAAUAAAUUUUUUAAAAGUAUAAUUUUUCUUUUACUUUUUAAAUUCAUGAGGACAUUAUACCACAUCAGCCUUUUAUUCAGCAGGGUGGCUUGGACAUUAGUUCAGUGUUUUUACAAUAUUCAUGUGUGAGGAAAUUUGAGUGGACAGAAAGCUUAAUCAAUAUUCAGCUGCUGCUACAGUCAUUUUUCACCUGUUCUCUUGAGCACAAGAAAUUUCAGAUCACUUUUGUCAUUAUCAUUCCCAUUACCUGUAUACUAGUCACGAAACCCCAUUGGGCACAAAAUUAAGGAAUUCAUAGAUCUUAUCUAACUGAAGUUGGUAUACCAUGAUCAACUAAUGGAAGUUAAACCAUUGUAAAUAGUGUGAUUAGAUGGAGCAUGUAUACAGAUGUUACUGAACUUAAUGGCAUGGAAUUUGAGGUCCAAAUAAUAAGAGAAAUAAUUUGCCCACUUGAUCUAGAGACAUUCAAAGUUACUUUAACUUUUAUCUUAAGGAACUUUAAUACAAAAUAAUACACUGUGGCUGAAUAAUUAGGAUGUUAGACAUAAUUCUUAUCAUGGCGUGUCUUUUUCAAAACAAGAUUGCAAUAGUUACAAAACUUUGCUAAAAAUUUUUGUUUCAAGACAGUUUGAACUAACUUGAUUUUUAUCAUUUUUUCCCACCCCAUUUUACAACCUUAUAAAAGUAUUAGUAUUUUUGUCAUGUAACUCAUAGUUUUAUCCAACAAAGCUCAUCUUUCAGGUUAACAUUCUGGAAAAUUUUGAUUUUACUCCAUACAAGCAUUCAGGGUUUUCAUUUGGAAAUGAUUGAUAUCUAGCUCUCUCUGAGGCUUUGUCAAAACCAUAUUAGUUGCCACAUUUCAGAUAGAACUUGUUACAUGUUUAGGUAUGAGGGAAAUGUUGAACUUAUAUGUGAACUGUAAUUAUUUUCAUUACAUAAAAUUUAGUGAAAUUAAUUUUCAUUUAACUGGUCAUGCUCUCAUUUCCAAAGGAUACUGUGUAAUAUCUGUUAAGCAGCUCCAGGUAAUGGUUUCUUGAUUACAUUAAAAUGACAUCUUUUACAUAUAUUAAAGUAUUUCAGGAUCUAGUAGAAAUAUGUAUUGCUGAUCUUAAGUUAAAGGAUUGGGAAGAAUUGAAUUUAAAGUAAAAAUGUUGGCAGCAAUGAUUCCCAUUUACAAAUACUUACCAUUCUUAAUCUUGUAAAACUAGUAUGUUACAUUUCUCUUUACCUCAGCAUAAGAAGCUUUGUCUGUCUCAUAUAUUACUGCAUGCAAUCUAAUCACUCCGUCCAUGUACAUAUUUAGUAACCCUGGAAAUGUGAUGCAUUUCCUAGUUAUUACUCUAUCCUAACUCACAGUUCUCAAAAUUUUUUACCACAUAAAAUUAUAUUAUUUUGUUAUAUCCCUAUACUGUUUAAGUAAAUUUAUAUUUCAAAGCUUCAAACAUUGUUUGCUCUUGAUUCCAUCACUUGAUUUUCUAAUGCCUGUAACUGCAGCUGGAUUAUCCAAAAGUAUAAGUCAAAAGAUGUACAAGGCUGUUGUAUACUAAUAACUGCCACAACUGAACUUAAGAAAACCAUGUACUGCAGAGUGAACAUGAAUGACAAUUAGUAGUCUCAGAUAUGAAACCAGGAAUUAAGCAGAAGACAUCACCAGAAAGUAUCAGUUAUGUUGAGCUGAAAAUCUUAAGUCAUGAUAAAUUGCUUUAAGUUAGUAUAAUUUCAGUUUUUUCAAUGUGGUGUGUAGAAAAGCUAUUAUAAUUUCAGUUUUUUUUAUGGUGUGUAGAAAAACUUCUGUUGGACAGAGUAAAUUGCUUUUUAUCUUUUUUGUACAGUUUGACCAGAUGUACCAAAUACUUUAUUUGUUCAGUUGGCUAUUCCACUGACUUUUGAUGGAAGAUGAAAAAUUUAACACAAUUACAGUAGUUAACAUUAUUUUAAGUUUUAAGGCUUAGUAUUUGUUUUAUUUAUGUUUAAAUGACUUUAAUGUAAAUAUUUACAGUAUUUUUGUUAUAUUUCAAUUACAUUUCAACCUAUUAUGAAUUUGAUAGUAAUACAUGAGUAAUUUUAUAUUUUAUUUUAUAGAAAUAAUUCUUAUUCUGUUAAAUGUUCACUUGAGAGGUCAUUCUGAGGAAUGUGUGACAAUAAUCGUUCAUAUUCUACCGAGCCACCCUAAUGAAUUUGUGAAGACUGUGGACUUUUGAUAUGCUGUGCUCACACCAGGUUCAGGGGUGAAGUAAAUGGUAUUAUUUUCUUAAUAAACCUGUAAUAUUGAUGAAAAAUGCAAUUUAAAUAGAACUGUCUCCUGAAAAAUCCAUGUUAAGCUGUAAAAUAAUAUACAUACUUGCACAAUAAAUUAAUGUAAUAGAAUAGUUGAUGCAGCAUGUGGGGUUCUGUGAUCAAUGUUUUAUAAAAAUUACUGAAAUGAGCUGAUUUAUAUUAAAGAGAAAAUGAAUCAUAUAAAAACUUGCAAAGUGUACUGUCUUUUACUGGUCAAGAACCAGGUUUAAAUUUUUUUAUUCCAAAGUGUCAUAUAUAAAGAUCCCUCUGACUCUGUAAUAUUAGUGUUACAAAGCUCCCUCUAAAUUUCUUUUAGUAUUUUAAAAGUGAUUUUAUGAUGCAUUGGAGUUACUAAAACUACUGUAGAUCCAAUGGUUUUUCAACUAAACUAUGAAACUGGUAUGAUACCAUAUUGUGCUUUGUCAUGCAUGUCACAGAUCAGUGUUUUUUAUGGUAAGCUUUAGGAAAGUGCUACUUGUAUGUAGUGGGUUGUUCUCUAAAGAGGUCAUAUGAUAAAAGUAAGUAAACUAUCGAUGGCAGGCAUUUUCAUGAAUUACAUUUUUAAAUGAUAAUUAAGGUUUGUGAAAUAGCUUGUCAUUGUACAAUUUUACUUCUUUCAGGAGCAACUUAUUUUAUUGGAGGGGCAAUGGAACGUUUGGGUGUAAAUGUACAUUGCAUUUUUAAAUUUGUUUUGGGGAUGUCAUUAUCAUUUAGUAUUGGGAUUAUAGGGAGAUUAUUGGUUAAGGGUUCUUUAUAUUUUAAAGUCUGUGAAGUCCCUAGUCAGCAGAUCUUCAGGUAUACUCUGGUGACAGUUUGCAACAUUACUUCAUAACAUAGGCUACAAAUGACUGCCAUCAAAAUUUGUCAACUUUCUUUCUGAGAUUUUCUAUUGCAAAGUCUCCCAUUAAAAGUUUUAUAUAUAUAUAAUAUAUAUUAUAUAUGCAGGACCUCUUAUAGAGGCUCUCGUGAACAAAUGUUGACGCUUUAUAUUUGUAGCCAACUUUCUGUUGCUGUUUUGUAAGGCAUAAUAUGUAGUGAGAAUGUUUGUAACUGGUUUUGGAUUAGAUGUGUCAUGUCCUCAUUAACACUGGAGGGUUGUCUGCUCCAGUGAGUCCGCUUGUGCCGGCUCCUCGGUACAUGACCGUUGCACCGCAUUAGCCCCACCCACUCAGGCAGUCUGCGUCACAUUGUGCUAUUAAUGUAUUGUGAAAAUCUUAGUAGAAUCAUUCCAUCUUGUUAGUUAGCAAGUGUAAACCAAAAAAUUUGCUCACUCUUAAGGUACAUCAAGAAGAGGAAAAGCAACUGCCUGAUACUUUUUACAAUUUGAAUUAUUUAACUUCUCAAUGAUUACACAACUACCACUGGAAGUAAUCACCAUAUUGCAUCAUUCAUGUAUUCAUACCAUUCAUUUUUUAUCCCCAUGCACUUGUAUACAGCACAUCAUCAAGUAACUGCACUUCACCUCCUCUUCCCCUCUUAGAUUAUAAGCAAACUCCAUCAUGUCACUCAAUGUUAAAUGGAUAACUACACUGACUGGCAUAUAUCGCAAUACAUCUCUUGCAUAUUAAUUCAUCAUCUACAGUUUUCACACUAUGGUAACAACUUCAUCUGGUUACUUUACUCAAAGUAAUCUGCUCUUUUGCAACAAAUCAUUGUGAAGUAAUACCUCUUAAAAUUCAUUUCCCAAGCACAAACAUGACUUUUGAGCAGAUACUUCCCCCCUCCCUUUUUUUUUUAAUAAGCCAUGAUGUUACCUUAAAAGCUAAUGAUUUCCUUAUUAAAAGAAGCACUUUAGGGUUUAUUGGUCUACUGGAGUGAUGUAGGGUAUUACACUGUAGCAAUGUGUUUAGUUUUUUUUCUUCUUCUUCUUUUUAAUAAUAGUGUUGCUGCUCUACUUUGGAGCCUGUCCUCAAUCAUGACCUGAAGUAGUCUGUAGUAAGGCUAUUUUUCAUUAAGCAACUAAAUUCACUCUGUGAAGCCCAGGUUUUAUAUGGGAUUUGUGGAAGUGAUUUGAUUAGUUAAGUCAAAAUAGUUUUAAAUAAUUUUUAAGUUAUGACCCAACUUUAAGGGUCAGCUAUGAAGUGUCAUAGCUGUAGGGGCAGCUAGAGCCAAGCUUGAGGAUGGGCUAAUAAUGACCAAGUAUUGCAGCACAACUAGAAAGUGGUCUGACUCCAUGGGAACCUGGGCUAGUGGCGGUGACGGUCCUCAGCAGUACAAAGUGUCUCCCGUGCCCCGUGCAAUGGUCAUUAUCAUUAUUACUCUCCACGUCAAUUCACCAACCAGUCCUCACCUGACCACGCGGUAGCACACGCGUCUAGACAUUUAGUGAGGUUAGAAAUUCAGUAAUAAAAUAUUGCAGAUUAAA